AUGGCGGGUUCAAAGUCGUUAAAGGUGGUGAUAAAGCUCGGGACGAGCUCCAUUGUGGAUGAAAAGUCCCACGAGCCGAUCUUGUCAAACCUGACACUCAUUGUCGAAGCGGCGGUGAAGCUGCGAAAAGACGGCCAUGAUGUUAUCAUCGUCUCGUCGGGCGCUGUAGGCGUUGGUAUGCGACGCAUGGACGUUGCUGAGAGACCAAAGCAUCUCCCUUCGAUUCAGGCUUUGGCAGCAGUCGGUCAAUGCCAGCUCAUGAGUACCUGGGACAGCUUGUUUAGCCACUUGCGCCAGCCCAUUGCCCAGAUCCUUAUCACGCGGAAUGAUAUUGUUGAUCGGACUCAAUAUGUAAAUGCCCAAAAUACACUUGCUCAGCUUCUUAGCAUGGGUGUAAUCCCAAUCGUCAACGAGAAUGAUACUCUGACUGUAUCGGAAAUCAAAUUUGGCGACAAUGACACGCUUUCUGCUAUCACUGCAGCGAUGAUCGAAGCAGACUACCUCUUCCUUAUGACCGAUGUAGAUGGGCUCUACACCGCCAACCCCCGGACCAAUCCCGAUGCUCGGGUUAUCGACAUUGUCCAGGAUAUCUCAAGUCUUGAAGCCGACGUGUCCUCCGCUGGAUCGUCACUUGGUACCGGUGGUAUGGGCUCAAAGAUAGUGGCGGCAAGACUAGCCACAAGUGCCGGCGUUACCACUGUCAUCACCCGUAGUUCCCGUCCCGGAACUAUCGAGGAGAUUAUCGAGCAUCAUUCGUCCAAUGACGCUACUUCAUCCGAUAGUGCUUUGGGCGUGGAAGAAACAAAGCCCGAUCCACCGUUGCACACCUGUUUCCUCCCAUCAGACUCGCCCGUGCAUUCUCGGUCCUUCUGGCUUCUCCAUGGCCUCAAGCCUCACGGAAGCGUUUAUAUCGACGAAGAGGCAUACAACACCAUCCGAGACACAGGCUAUCUCCUUCCAUCCGGCGUAAUCGCAGUCGAGGGCAAAUUUGGAUACAUGGAAGCCAUCAAGGUGAUGGUUGCGCCGCGUCCAUCACAGAUUGAGUUAAACGAUGACUACCCCAUGGCCUGCAGUACUCCCAAGGAAGCGAAGGAGGUAGGUAGAGGACUUAUCAAUUACGGCUAUGCCGAGCUUUCCCGGAUCAAGGGCUUGAGGAGCACCCAGAUCCAUUCUGUGCUGGGAUACUCUGGCAGUGAGUAUGCUGUGUCCAGAGAGAACCUGGCUUUCUUUGAAAUGCCGAGUCGAUGCAUGACCCCAACGAGCCUGUCUUCACCAGCUCCUGAGACGUAUAACGACAAAAAUCCCCUUAAUGAUAUCCCCGCUGCUUCUGCCAACCAGUAG